AAAAUAACAAAAAAUUAGUAAAUUUUUAAAUAUUUCUAUAAAAUUGUAUUAAAAUAGUGAAAAUUGUUAUAAUAUGCUUUAGCUAUGUGGAUUUUUUACUCUAUAAUCAUACAUAUUUUGCUUUUGGGCUCUAUAUUUGUGAUAUACUUUCGUUCGCCGGUCAUCACUAAUCUCCAGCCAUACAAAAACAUUCCCAUAGAGCCACCAGCAAAACGUUUGGUAUUACUUGUGACGGAUGGCUUGAGAGCUGAAUCUUUCUAUCAUGACAAUUUUAUAAAUGUGCCGUAUAUAAAACAACUUAUUGACACAAAAAAUGGCUUGUACGGCAUUUCCAAAACCCGUGUACCCACUGAAUCGAGACCUGGUCAUAUUGCUCUUAUAGCCGGACUCUACGAAGACCCCUCAGCUGUUACGAGGGGCUGGAAAGAGAAUCCCAUUGAAUUUGAUACGGUUUUUAAUAGAAGUGCUAAAACUUAUGCCUGGGGAGCAAAUGAUGUUUUACAUAUUUUCUCACGCUUGACUAGAGAAGAUGAAAAGCGUUUAUUCUUUGAUUCUUAUAAUCAUGAAUUAGAUUUUUCGGGUAAAGAGAAGACAUAUGAACUGGAUAAAUGGGUGUUCGAUAAGGUGGAUAUGUUUUUACAACGUAAAAAGGAAGAGUUGAGGAAUGAAUCGCAUGUUAUAUAUUUUUUACAUUUAUUGGGCUUGGAUACGGCCGGUCAUGUACAUAAACCUAAUACGAAGUUAUUUUUAGAAAAUUUACAUUAUACCGAUAGAGGUAUAAAGGAAGUGUAUGAAUUGUUUGAAAAAACCUUUCCAGAUGGUAAAACAGCAUAUCUAUUGACGUCGGAUCAUGGCAUGACAGAUGCGGGUUCUCAUGGCGCUGGCGCCAAUUACGAAACAGAAACUCCAUUUUUCAUAUGGGGCGCCGGUGUUAAACACAGGCCCUACAAUCCAUCAACAGCUCUAUAUGAACUGGAACAGGCACAAAUGGCUCCCAUAAUGUCUGCUCUUUUGGGCAUAGCUACACCAAUGAAUAAUUUCGGUGUUUUACCCAAAGAUGUCAUCAAUGCCUCCGAACUAUAUCUACAGCAUGCGACACAGGGUAAUGCCCUCCAGUUAUAUAAUCAAUACAAAUCUCUGUUGCAGCAACAUGAAAACGGUUUAUUCACCAAAUUCCUACCUACUUUUAAAAUGGAAAUAGAUUUCGAUGAAUAUUUGGCAACACAAGGAUCCUAUAACUCAAAGGAAUUUGCUAUCAACAGCAGCUACAAACUUAUGUAUUCAGCCUUGCACGGUAUAGACUAUUACUUUAGUUAUUAUCGUCAUAUAUUAUUGGCAGCAACUUCAGCUACUUUUAUAGCCUGGUUGGGUUAUUUAUUGAAAUUGUUGGGUAAUGUUGGUGCAACAUCAGCCAGAGAUUCUAAGAAAGUUUCUUUUGUUUAUAAAUUGAAAUUUAUAACUGUAUUUUCAUUGGGUUUAAUAACUUUAAUAUUUUGUUUGCUGCAAAAGUUAAACUGGAACAUAACAUUUUAUCUUAUGUUGCCAUUUGCAGUUUUCGCUUUACUUCUAACUAAACGAGGUCAUAUAUUACUGUUCGAUUCGAAACUAGGCUUAACUAAAUUCCAUUUACUAUUGCUAUUCUUCUGUGCUGAACUAUUGGUCUAUACAUUUUUCGACAGAAGAGCAAUUUCUUUAGGCUUUCUAGUAUUUGCUUUGCAAGACAAAAUUUCCAGAAAUUUCUUUAAGCAAAAGCUGAAAUUUUAUAUAAGUUUUAUUUUGUCUGUGAUUUUAUGUAUAUUUCCUUUACUGCCCACCUCAGUGGGUUAUUCCAAUAACAUAUUGCUAUAUGCUGGCAUAUGUAUGACCAUGUUAAGGCCUUUUCUAGUGAAAAAUUCCAUAGCUGUAGUGGAUAAAAUUGUUGGUUUUAUAGCUUUAAUUAAUGCCAUGUUAUGUAUUUACCUGCAUACUCAACAAUUGGGUGUUAGUUUUGUAUCCCACUUAAUAUCUUGGUUUUAUCUUUUGUAUGUUUUAGUGUCUCUGAUAAAACCUUGCAGUUUAACGCUUAAACAACGUUUAGAAAAAUUUAUAUUACUUUUAAGCUGUCUUUACUGCCUGUUUUGUACUUCCUAUGAAUCCUUAUUUAUAUUAUUACUAAUAUCCGAAUUAAUUUUGUCCUUGGACUGUUCCAAAUCUUAUAGUAUUCUUAAUUCCCCUUUAGCGGCUACGACUUUGCAAUUAUCCCACUGCUUUCGCCUGGCUUUCAUUAUUUUACUCUAUACAUUUUUCUCUUUCUUUGGCACCGGUAAUAUUGCCUCGGUUAGCUCGUUUGAUCCCAAUAUAAUACGCUGUUUUCUGGCCACAUUUUCCCCCUUUGUUAUUAUGUUUUUGGUUAUCUUAAAAUUAAUUAUACCAAUUUUACUGAUUAUUUCCAUAAUAUUUGCUUUAGCGCCAUUGGCUUUGCAAUACGAACGUCAAAUCUUUAUUUGCCUUUUAAUCGUAUGCGAUGUUAUGGGUUUGAACUUUUUAUUUUUAGUUAAAAAUCAGGGUUCAUGGCUUGAAAUCGGCUCCUCUAUAUCACAUUUUGUUAUUAUGCAAGUGACAACGGUUGUUUUAGUAUUAUUUGUUAAUUUAGCCAAGUUUUUAUUAAAAAUUAAAGUAUCAGCCGGAUAUGCUGGAAAUUUGGGUAAAAUUAAAUAAGUUUUUAAUUGUAGUGCAAUGUAAUAUAAUUUGUUUACUUUAUAUUAAUUUAUUUAUUUUUGUAUUAAAUUUUACAAGUAUUGCAAUAUAUUCAUGUGUAUUUUAUUUACUUUUUUAAUAAAAUUUAAAUCUAAA